AUGACAACUACUACAAAUGAAAUAAUUCCAACAACAUCAUCAUCAUCAUCAUCUUCUUCAUCACGAAUGGCAACGAGAUCAACAACUAUAGCAUCAAGAACAACAAAUAAUAAAAAUGGUUAUGAACGUCUUACACAAUUAUAUCCACAUGUUGGUGAUGAUAUACAUUUACCAAUGAAAUGGAAUAGUAAAGAGAAAGUACAAACAUUAGUUUUACAACAAAAUGAUCUUGUUGUAACAUAUAAAGGACCUGGCAAAUCACAUAAAGAUGCAGCUAGUGUUCGUUCUGAUUAUCCUAUUCCACCAUUAACCGGUAUUUAUUAUUAUGAAGUGAGAGUUUUAAGUAAAGGUCGUGAUGGAUAUAUGGGAAUUGGUUUAUCGACAAGUGAUGUAAAUCUUAAUCGUUUACCAGGAUGGGAUAAAGGCUCAUAUGGUUAUCAUGGUGAUGAUGGACAUUCAUUUUGUUCAUCAGGCUCAGGUAUUGUCUAUGGACCAACAUUUACAACAGGUGAUUAUGUUGGUUGUUGUGUUAAUUUUCUUGAAAAUUCCUGUUUUUAUACACGUAAUGGUUAUAAUAUUGGUACAUCAUUCCGAGAUAUACCAACGGAAGUUUAUCCAACUGUUGGUUUACAAACACCCCAUGAAGCUAUUGAAGCUAACUUUGGUCUUACUCCAUUUAAAUUUGAUAUAGAAAAAUAUAUAGAUGAAUAUCGAGAAAAAACUCGCCGAGCAAUUGUUGAAUGUACAUUAAAAGAAGGCGAAUUACUACAUCAAAUACAAUUACGUCGUAUUGUAUCAACUUAUCUAGUUCAUUAUGGAUAUUGUGCUACAGCUGAGCAAUUUAAUAAAAAUGCUGAAAGUGUAUAUGCUGAUGAAUUAAAUUCUAUGAGAAAUCGACAACUUAUUCAACAUUUAAUUCUUGAUGGUCGUACAACCGAUGCAAUUGAUAAAACAAAAGAACUUUUUCCUACGUUACUCAAUGAUAAAAAUCUUUUAUUCGUACUCAAAGUUCGUCAGUUUAUUGAAAUGGUUAACGGAACUGAAAGUGAAAUACGUAAAACAUCAAUAGCAUCAUCAUCUUCAUCCUCAUCCAUAUCUCAGACAACAACAACAGAUGGUUCAUCUGACAAUAAUCUAACUUCUAAUAAUAAAAAUCGUUCGAACAGUCCGUCUUGUUCAUCAAAUAAAAAUUCUUCGUGUCCACCAUCAACAACAACUGAAUGUUCAUCAUCAACGAUAACAAAAACUCAUACAUCUUCUUCUUCACGUUCUCGUUCCCGUUCUAAUAGUCCAUAUACAUCAAGACGAACACAAAACAAUACCACAUCAGGAACAUCACAAAAUAGUAAUGGCACAUUGAAUUCAUCAUCUCAUCUCACAAGUGCAAAUAAUACAAAAGAUUUAUUACAAGAAAGUAAUAAUAAUGAAUCAAAUAAUCAUACAACAACAGUAAAUUCUUUGCCAUCGAAUACGAAUCCGAAUGCUGUUGUUAAUCUUAUGGAUAUCGAUGAUAAUCUUCAUAAUAAUAACAAUACAGCAAAUGGUUUUAGCAAUAAUCAUGGAACAGUAUCUCAUUCUGAUUCUUCUACGACAAAUCAAAUCACUAAUGGUCAUUUACAAUUAGAUAAUAAUAAUAGCAAUAAUCUAGUCAUUGAUCAUAAUAAAAAUAGUAAUGGAUGUUCAACGAAAUCUACUGAUAAUCUUGAUGGUAUGGAACAUGAUGGUUGUCUAGAUUCAACUCAUACAAUGGAUAUGGAAACAACAAUGUCAUCAGAUGUACAGAAAAAAUCCACAAUAAAAGAAGAUGAUCAACUUCUUGUUAGAAUAUUACAAUUUGGUCGAGAAUUACAUGCACUUAAACAACAAUUAAUAGCUGAACAUGGAGAUAAUCAACAGAAUGAUAAAAUGUUGCAGGAUGCAUUCAGUUUAUUAGCUUAUUCAGAACCUAAAUCAUCACCAUUAGCUCAUUUAUUAGAACCAUCUCAACGUGAAACUGUGUCUAGUGCAGUCAAUAGUGCUAUACUCGAAGCACAUGAUAUGCCAAGACAUCCAGCUCUUGAAGUACUUGUUGGUUAUCUACAUGAAUGUGACAAAUUAAUGCAUAAGAAUAAUAUACCAGAUUGUGCCUUUAUUGACUUGAACAAAUAUAUACGAUAA